UGUAACAUAAACACUAUUCACCCACGUGCAUGACGUGUACAUGUAUGGUCUAUGGAAGUCGAAUUCAAUCGAAAACAUGACGCAAUUUUUUGACCUAAAUUUGAUAGAUAAUCGGUUUGACGAGAAGAGAAAACAAAGAGCAAUCGCUAGAGCAGCAAGAUUGGGAUAUGAAGUGGUUGCAAUUGAUCAUAGGCAGAAGAAGCUGGAUCGCAAAUCAAAGAUCCCAAGUGCCCCUGAGAGGUCAAAGCAUUUUGAGAGUGACCAGCUAAAGGCUCAAGGGAAGGAACUGAAGGUCCUCUCAAGAUUAACUGUGACCUUAGAUGACUCUGCACAAACCAUCGUCCUGCGGUCUGACAGCACAUCAACCUACGAUAUUCUGGCAGUAGAGCCCACCACUGAGAAGAUGUUUCACAAGGCAUGCACAGAGCUUGAGAUUGAUAUUAUCUCAUGUGAUAUGACUACAAAGCUGCCUUUCUACUUCAAAUAUCACUCCAUAAAACCAGCUCUUGAGAGAGGAGUUAAGUUUGAGAUAUGUUACUCACCAGCUAUUCGAGACACUAGUUUGCGAAGAUAUCUGUUCCAUAACGCUUUGGACCUUGUUAGUGUUACCAAAGGCAAGAAUAUUAUCUUGAGCGGUGCAGUUGAAAAUGCGAUGGAGAUACGAGGACCUCAUGAUGUUGCCAAUUUAGGAAACCUGUUUGGAUUGAGUGAGGACAAAGCAAAAGCUGCCAUCUCUAUCAACUGUCAUUCAGCACUCGUCCAUGCAUUUACCAGGAAUUGCACAGUGAGGUCUGCGAUGUCUGUGCAGAAAGUAACAGAAUUAGCUCCCAGUGAACUUUGGAAGGUGAAGGCUAGCCUGGAAGCCAGUGGUUUAUCGGUGGAGCAGCUCAGAGAGAUGGAGGCAAAGGCUGCCAAAAAGCCUGUGAGCCAGGAAAGAACUCCUGGGGAGGAGCCUAAAGAGAAGAGACAGAAGCAGAGGUGACAUUCCUUUAUAGAUGCACUUCAUAGACUUGAAUUUCUAGCUUUUACUUGUGAAAGCUUAUUGAAAUAGCGAAAGCAGAGUGCAGUAUGAUCUGGUUGCAGAUUCAUAACCCAAUCUGAGUAAAUCUACACCUAGCCUAAUCCAAUGUCAGAGACGGUAACGUUCACCUUGCAUCAGACGAGUCGGGACAUGUUCAUGGCCAGAUAUAAUUCCAGGGGUAUGUUUCACAAAGGUUCAAGCCUCAUUAUAAAAGAUCACACUUAAGUUCCCUUUGCGUGUUGCAUGUUGUAUGUAAUGCAUCACUUCAUUUAGUCAGACAUAAUUCUUUUGUGAAACACUCCCUGGAACCCGAGAGUAGAAAGUUAUAUUGGAAUCUGAAUGUGUUUGAUGGAUGUAGAGGUCUCACUCUAAAGAAAUUGAGCCAAACCACAAAGUGCUGUAUCAUUGUCAUGCGAGAGGCAGACUGAUUUUCAAUCAGAAAAUACAAAUAUAUAGUGAUUGGGGGGGGGGGGGGGCAACGUGGCUUUAGAUUUUU